AUUAUAAGAAAAAAACGGAUGAGAAAAACGAAAAAUAUGAUUAAUGAAAAUUCAGAAGGAUAUUCGUCACAAGAAAUUUUUCCCAGUUCAAGUCUUUUAGAUGAAGAUAGACAGUUUUGCGCAAUGGAUAUAAUUGAAAAUUUUAUAUAUUCUCUUGGUUUAAGAACUCCGUGUAUAUCAGACAUGCUUCAAAAUUCAUCAUUUUACCGUUAUUCAUCUAGAGAAAAUUCCACGACAUUUGAUAUACUUCUUCGCAGAAUAAAACGAAACAUAAAAAAUAUUGGAAAGCACAAUUUUAUAAUGUCUGAAAAUAUAGACGGUCACAGAGGAGAGGAAGACGUAGAUUCUUUGCUUAAAUUUAUAAAUUCCUACGAUCAUACGGUUAAAACUAAACAAACCAACGGAACAACUGCUGAUCAGAUUUGCAGCUUAGCAGGUAAACAUUCAAUGGAUAAUGAAGUUUGUAGAAAGAAAGAAGGCCAUCCCAGUAAAUACAAAAUGAAAACUCCUAAGAAUUGUAAUAAAAAGAAAUCAAAUCCUACAAAAUCCAAGAAGAAAAAUAAAAUUCGUUAUGAUAACAGAACACAAGAGAAUACAACAGAAAAAUUCGUACAGGUAGUAUCAGUGCCUGAAGAAGGUGGAUCUAGUCAGCAUUUUACAGUUUCAAAGAGUAAUCAUGCUACAGAAAGUAGAAUCUCACCUGAAUAUUGCGAAUUUACUGGACAAGAAAACUUAGAAGACAAUGAAUUUAGAGUUGUAAUGAAAAAGCAUUGUAAGCGUUAUCCAUUGAAGAAAACGAACGCAAACAGAUAUUAUAAUGGUAAUUCAGCUGCAGCAUAUAAGAACAGAAAUCAACAUGACGGUUAUUAUGCAAGACCUAAAGAAACUAGUGUUGUUUCAUCAUCUGUAGAUGAUCUUGAUUUACAUUAUGCUCAUUGUUCGUCCGUUAAUGGAUCUUUAUCUUUUCAAUCAUGCUCGAAUUUUGAUUCAUCAUUACAAGUAUCAUAUGCCGAUAUUGCUCGUAACUCUAUUGCUCCAACUUCAAAAGUAUAUUGCAGUAAUUUAUAUAGAGCAACAUUUUAUUCGAGCAUCGAUAAGAAUAAACAUGCAGUUACUUUCUUACAGGAAAAUUCAGAAAAUGUUAAGAAUCAAUUUGUAAAUCAUAAAGAACCAUUAGAAGUAGUUCCAUCAAAAUCUAAAAUUGAUUAUGACAAUUGUAAAUUAUCUGUUAAUGUGCAACCAGAAGUAAUUUCAAAUCACGAACAAUGCAUAAAUUCCGAUACAUCAUCGGAUUUAAAAAUAGAAGAUUCAAUGUUAAAAACCGAUGAAAAAUCUGCCAUUUACAAUAUAGAUAUAGACAAAACACUACUUUCAAAAUCGAAAGUAAUCGUCAAUAAUCCUGAAAAUAAUAAUUGUCACGCAGAAAAAGCAUGUAUCCGUGAAAGAAAAAAGAAUGCACCAGUCAUUAUAAUGGAUAAUUAUCUGCCAACAAAAAAAAUUUGUGAUGUCAGUUUUGGCAUAGACUCGGAUGAAUUAUUACAAAUUAUUAAUGGUAAAUGUACCAAAGAACAAGCUAAACAAGAUAUCAAUCUUUAUAUCUCUUCUAUGAAAUCACAAAAAAAUGAACGUGAGAAAUCAUUAGAAUUGUCAUCUUCUUCAGUAACAGGUACUGUUGAAGAAAUUGAGAAAGAUAAUGGGCAGAAAUCUGAUAGGUACUCCAGCUCAUCGUCAAUUGUAUCUUUAUCUAAUGAUACUCUUGAAAAGGAUGGAAAUAAUGCAUGUACUCCUGAGAGUAAGCUGGUGUUAUUGAAAUCUGGACAGCUUCUGCAUUGGAAAGACGUUGACACAGAUAAAGAAAGUUUCAAUUUUCAUCACAUUGUUCAAUUUUUGAAAAAAUGUGAGUAAAAUUUAUUUUAAUUACCAUUGUAUCUAGUAAAUAUAUUAUAGAUUUUUAUUGGUGUAUACAGAAUGGCCAUAAUCAGUUUCCUUACUCACAGCACUAAAUCUGUAACCAGUAAGCGGAUUGGGAUCAAAAUUUAUGCACAGACUAUUCAAAAAUUAAUUGAAAAACGUUCGCUUUACAGAAUAAAUACAUAAAACAAAAGAACAAAAACAGCACGAAAACGCUUUUAUUCGUAGCGCAAUGGACCUUGCGCUGUUCACUGAACUAA